CAGACCCCCAGCUGUUCUGCGUAGUGUAGCCUGAUCAUCAUGCGUGAAAUUGUACAUCUGCAAAUUGGACAGUGUGGCAACCAGAUCGGCUCAAAGUUUUGGGAAGUGAUCAGUGAAGAACAUGGGAUCAAUGCAGUAGGACUUUACGAAGGAGAGAGUGACCUCCAACUAGAGAGGGUCAACGUCUACUUCAAUGAAGCAUACGGUGGUAAAUAUGUUCCCAGGGCCCUGCUUGUGGACCUGGAGCCUGGCACCAUGGACAGUGUCAGAGGAAGCCGCAUCGGGGCCCUUUUUAGACCAGACAACUUCAUCCAUGGGAACUCAGGAGCCGGGAACAACUGGGCGAAGGGCCACUAUACCGAGGGGGCCGAGCUGGUGGAGCAGGUGAUGGACAGAGUGAGGAAUGAGAGUGAAAGCUGUGAUUGCCUCCAGGGUUUCCAGCUGGUUCACUCACUGGGGGGCGGCACUGGCUCCGGCAUGGGAACCCUCCUCAUCAACAAGAUUCGUGAGGAGUACCCCGACCGCAUCAUGAACAGCUUCAGCAUCAUGCCAUCGCCCAAAGUCUCUGACACGGUGGUGGAGCCCUACAACGCUACGCUGUCAGUCCACCAGCUCCUGGAGAACACAGACGAGACCUUCUGCAUUGACAACGAAGCCCUGUACGACAUCUGUUUCCGCACGUUAAAGCUGACCACACCGACCUACGGCGAUCUCAACCACUUGGUGUCCUUGACCAUGAGUGGGGUCACGACCUCUCUGAGAUUUCCGGGACAGCUCAAUGCAGACUUGAGGAAGCUUGCUGUGAACAUGGUGCCCUUCCCUCGUCUCCAUUUCUUCAUGCCAGGCUUCGCUCCUCUGACAGCACGUGGCAGCCAGCAGUACAAUGCCCUCACUGUGCCCGAGCUCACCCAGCAGAUGUUUGAUGCCCGCAACAUGAUGACGGCCUGCGACCCGAGGCGGGGGCGCUACCUCACGGUGGCCGGUGUCUUCCGUGGUAAGAUGUCCACCAAAGAGGUAGACGAACAGAUGCUUGCAAUCCAGCAGAAAAACAGCAACUACUUUGUGGACUGGAUCCCCCAUAACGUCAAGGUUGCCGUGUGUGACAUCCCACCACGAGGCCUCAGAAUGGCCUCCACGUUCAUCGGCAAUAACACCGCCAUUCAGGAGAUAUUCCGCCGACUGGGCGAGCAGUUCUCCCUGAUGUUCCGACGCAAGGCUUUCCUCCACUGGUACACAGGAGAAGGUAUGGAUGAAUUGGAGUUCACUGAGGCAGAGAGCAACCUCAAUGAUCUGGUGUCAGAGUACCAGCAGUACCAAGACGCCACCGCUGAUCUAGAUUGGGAACCAGAGGAGGAGGAAGAAGAGGAGAGACCCUCAUCAUCAGUGACCAGACAGGUUCAGUCUCAGGUGGAGGUUAAACUGGAAACAGUGGCAGAAACGAUCACAGAAACUGUAGAUGAGUAGAAAAUAAAGGGGUACAGAGUGGCAUGUUGGUUUGACUUUAUGUGGCAUGGAUGGAGAAAACAUAUGUGGGAUCGGUGGUCCGAAAAGGGAACUCUUCAUUUGUAGUUAGUUAUUUUUUUUAAGCAGUGCACCAUAUUUUAAUAAUGCUAAUUGUCUAAUUUGUAUUCUUCAGAUGACUUGUGUGUUUGUAUGUUUGAUUGGAGAAAUAGCUUUUCUUAUACAGUAAAUUUUUAUCAUGAACCUUUUUUUGCAUGUGUAUAUACAUAUAUAUUAUUUUACCAGCUUAUUAUAAUCCACAGCUUUUAAAAUAAAAUUGUGAUGUUUGCACUGUUUGCAUAAGUUAUGACGGUAAUUAAAAAGAGUAAAACUAAAUAGUGAUGAUUUCAAACAAAUGAGAGUUUAUUAAAUUUUUUUAAAAUUCCUUUUUCGUAAAGUUAAACUGAAACAAACUUUUAUCUGCAGUGAUGGACAUUACUCUGACAGCACACUCACAGCGAUACCGUUCAAGGCUGUGACAGUUUCCUCCCACUAGUACGAGUCUGGGACACAGAGAUUAUACAUAACUUGGCCAGUGUGUCUGGACUCUGAGAUAAGCCCACGUGACGUGGAGAUGUCCCAGCGCUACUCAGACGGAGGCAAAGUCGGCCAGACUCCUGUACAGGGUUAAAGUAGAUGCAUGUAACUCGCAUGUGAAUAUAGGUUAUGGUGACAAACACAGCAUUGCCCUAUAAUAGAAAAUUACAGAUUAUAAGGUAGCAGUGAAGCCAAUAAGGAAAAAGUUCUCAGAUUUAAGGAAGUGAAAUUAGUAUGAUUUACAAAUUGUUACCAAAGAGAGGAAUUAUUUUAGCCUUUUUGAUAGUUUGAGCAGGUGACAUUACUGUUUCAUUAAUUUGAUUGAAUAAAAAAACAACUAAAAGCUGUAUGGAGCUUUUAAAAACUACUUGCUAGUGCUUUGCAUUGCUAGAGAUAAGGACACUGGCAUUCAGCAGAGAGCAUUCAAAGCACCAAUGACUCCCAACCUUUGAAACUUGACUUAAAAUGAAGCAAUGUGUACUUGUUAGUUGCAUAAAACCUCCAGAUUGUGACCAAUGUCAAUAUUUUUUUCCACAAAGUCUAUACGAAUGAAACAGCAACAGGUAAAUAUAAAAAAUAAGUAGAAUUUUCUGUAACAGCGACAUUUUCCUUUUUGGAUUUGUAUUUUGUUUAUUAUCUCAUGACUCCCCAGGUUUGUCUUGUCACCCUUUGUGGGAACUAUUAAUUUGAAAAUAAUCAGAUUAUGUUUCUGUAACUUCAUAUCUGCAGAAAGAAAAAUAAAUAAUCCAUCAAG